AUGGGAGAAGUAUUUUAUACACUCAUAACUCUAGUUGUGCUGUGGUCUCCGUUUGCGGUGUGUUUGAAUCAUACGGGAUGGCUUCGUCGAGUGUCACAGCCUCCGUUUCCGGAAGUGCGUAUGCGCCAUAUGCGGCAUUCCGGUCUUUCCACAGAACAGUUUAUAUGGCCCUUGAAAAAAGAGGCCGUAGUCGAGGGCGAUUUGCUUCUCGGUGGACUGAUGAUGGUCCAUUCUCGCGAGGAUACACAAUUCACUUGCGGUCCGAUAAUGGCUCAGGGUGGUAUACAAACUGUAGAGACGAUGCUCUAUACCUUGGAUCAAAUUAACAAGCAGUGGACCAAGUUUAAAAUUGGAGCCCUCAUAUUGGACGACUGCGAUAAGGAUACGUAUGGAUUGGAAAUGGCUAUAGACUUCAUAAAAG